UCUCUCACCUUUACAUCUCCUGCUUCCAUCCGACCUUUCGCCUCUGCUUUCGGUGCGCCGCUAACAUUAUGGCAUCCGGAUCGUCAUCGAAUAAUAAACUUAUCUCGGCCACUGCCAAACAUACCGAUGCUGAGGGUUACGAAAUGCCCUGGGUCGAGAAAUAUCGUCCGGUCCUUUUGGACGAUAUCGUUGGCAACUCAGAUACCGUUGAUCGGUUGAAGGUCAUUGCAGAGGAUGGUAACGUGCCGCAUAUCAUCAUCUCUGGUAUGCCAGGUAUCGGAAAAACCACUUCUAUACAUUGCUUGGCGCAUGCGCUUCUAGGAGAAGCGUACAAGGAGGGAGUAUUGGAACUGAAUGCGUCCGAUGAGCGCGGUAUCGACGUAGUCAGAAACAAGAUAAAGUCGUUCGCUCAAAGAAAAGUUACCCUCCCACCUGGAAGACACAAAAUCAUCAUUCUUGAUGAAGCCGAUUCAAUGACAGCCGGUGCUCAACAAGCACUUCGUCGAACUAUGGAAAUUUACUCCAAUACCACUCGAUUCGCCCUCGCCUGUAACAUGUCCAACAAGAUCAUUGAACCUAUCCAAAGUCGAUGUGCAAUUUUAAGAUAUAGCAAGCUCAAUGACGCCGAAGUAUUAAAGCGGCUUAAGGAAAUUUGCGAUAUGGAGAGCAUCAAGCACAAUGAUGAAGGCCUCGCAGCACUCAUUUUCACUGCUGAGGGCGACAUGCGUCAAGCAAUUAAUAAUCUCCAAUCUACGUGGUCAGGUUUUGGUUUUGUCAACCAAGAUAACGUAUUCAAAAUUUGCGAUCAACCCCAUCCUAUUGUCAUUCGCCAAAUGAUCAAAGACUGCCAGCAUGGCAAAAUUGAUGAGGCCCUUGCAAGAGUGAACGCACUCUGGGAUCAAGGAUACUCGGCGGUGGAUAUUGUUGUAACCGUAUUCAGAGUUGUCAAGGGCAUGGAGGAGUUGCCGGAGUACUUGAAGUUGGAGUUCAUCCGGGAGAUUGGCUGGACUCAUAUGCGUGUCCUUGAAGGCGUUGGAACGCUCGUCCAGCUGGGCGCCAUGAUUGCUCGUCUGAGCAAGUUCACUCUUCCUCCAAACGCCCUCAAAAUAUAGCCAGUUUAAAAUCCUUUGUAUGCAGCACUUCAAGCAUUACAAAUCUGAUACAUAAGGCACAGAUCCCAAAUAAGUUAAUGAGACCAAAUACUUUUACCCAAUAUCUAUUCCUCGAACGCUCCUAAAGGUUGCCCAACUUUGACACUCUCGCCAGCCUUCAGGUGGAAUUUCCACUUUUCAGGUGCCUCAAACACAAGAACAAUUGUACUGCCCAACCUAAAGCCACCCAUUUCUUCACCUGCCAAAAGGGGCUGCCCCUUCAAUAUGGAUGCUGAAUUGUAUGUAGCUUCCGCGUAGGUCUUGGGAGGGUGAGUGAGGACACGUGUGUUUGUACGCAGGGCCUCAUCGAAAUUGACCUUGAUUGAACCAACAUUGGUGGCACCCACAGGAAUCAUUGAAUAGAAGCCGUACUUCCAACGGCCGAGCAGAGCGACACGUUCGUUUAGCACAAACAAGUCCUUCAUCCUAUUGGCGAUAUAUGGUGAGACGGAGAAAAGAUCGCCGGUAAAGUGUCGACGACGCUCAACAAUCCAAGUUGUGGGGGAAUGGAAUCGGUGAUAGUCGCCAGGGGCGAGAUAAAUGACAAGGAAGAAGAGCUUGCUAUGUUCGGAUAAACUAGGCAGCUUGGUAGAACCAUCGGUUUUGGAGUCAAGAGCACUGGUACCCA